CUAGUAUAAUCCCGCAUAAAGCCAAUCAGAUUGCAAAAUGACAGACCCAAACAAUGUAGAAGGAAAGGCAAAUUAAGAAAAAGAAGAUAGCAAGCAGGUGCUACAGGCCAUGCACCGAAACAACCGCUACAAGCUGAGCGCAUCUUGAAUGGUUUUGAAUGCAGCCAUCAGCUUUGUCAGCUCUGCAGGAUCUGCACCUAGCUUCAGAUUAUGCUUCUUUUCAUACCAAGCAGUAAAAGAAAGAAAGCUGGUCGGAUCGAAUCCUUCUUGCGCUCCUACCUUCGCAGGCUGCAUUUCGAUUUUGACUGCAGGUUGCGCUUCGGCCUUAAUUGAUCGCGAGACUGACGCUCCAACAAAUGGAAAGGUCCUAUCUUCGGUUACAGUUGAGUUGGCCUUUCUUCCAUAGACACAAGCGCGCUUAUCCUCAACUCGAUCUCGGCUUUCUGAUUCUUCGUUAAUACCAUGGGCUGCAUAGAACUAGGCCCUCUCACUCGU